UCUUUCGCCCUUUUUGAGAGAACGAGAGCGGUAAAAAACUAAAAAAAUUUAAAGCCAAUUUUGAUGGUUAAAUCCUCAGAUUUUUUUUUUUACCUUCAUUAGACAAUUUUUUCUAAAUUAAAUUUUCUUUUUCAUUUUUAUGCUCUGCUAGCGAGGGAUUUUCUUUGAUCGGAUCUCUGGACUUUGGCAUUUGAAAAUGAUGGAGGAAUCUUCAAGCACGGAUCCUCCUGCAAGUGAUGUAGAACUUGUACCAAAGAAGAUCAAAGAUGCGAAAGAGGGAGGUCCAGCAUUUCACUGUGACCUUUGUGAUAUAGAACUAGUUUACAAGAUAGCUCAAGCAUUCUUACCAGGUUUAGCUACAGCUUGUGUCGACAAUACAACAGGUGAUGUGUUCAGGUCCCCUGGUUCAGUGGCUGCAGAAAUUAGAAAAGAAAUGGUGGACUAUCUCACACAAAGAAGUGAAACUUUUGUGGCUGAAUCUGUUGUCUUGGAAUCUGGUCCAGAGGCAGAAGCAUCUGACCAUCCUUACGAUAUCAUUGCUUGUUUUAUUGAUGACUUUACGAGUUCAAAGAGGAAUUUGUUUAGUCGAGUUUCGGGAUGGCUACUAAGUGACAAGAGAGAAGACAAGAUAGAUGAUUUUGCACAAGAAAUGGAAAUUAAUGGGUUUUGGUCAAUAGACAAGAGAGAAGCAAUUGUACAAACUUUACUGAAAAAUGUUGACUUCAAGAAUGCAUUUCACUGUGACAUGAAAUUUGAGUCAGUGGAUGAACUUGCUUUGCAUGUCUCAGCUUGUGGCUAUAGAUUAAUGAACUGCGAAAAUGAGGGGUGUAAUGCUAGAUUUUCAGCUAAUCAAGCAGAGAAGCAUGAUGCAGUUUGCCCUUUCAAGAUAAUUCCAUGUGAACAAGGGUGCUCAGAUAGCAUCAUGAGGCGUGAGAUGGACAGACACUGCAUAACUGUCUGUCCAAUGAAGCUUGUGAAUUGCCCUUUCUAUGCAUCAGGUUGCCAAUCAGCCAUACCUCAUUGUAAGAUUGAAGAACAUCGCUCCACAAACCUCCAUUCUCACUUGCUAUAUAUUCUUCAAGGCAUUCACAAGGAAGCAUCUGUGGAGGUUCUUAAAGAACGGGUUGAGCAACUGGAAAAGUCAUCUUCUGGUAAGCUAGCAGACAUCCGAGACGUGAGAUCUCUAACAUUCAGAGUCAAGGAUCUUGAUGCACGGCUUGGACCCUUGGUAGUUACUGCAACAAACAAAAUUAAUGAAGAAGCCACAGAGGCAGCAGCAAAGCUUGAAUCUGUAGAAGUCAGUGACACAAACAAGGAUAUUGAAAAAGCUGUGGAAACUGAAGUCAAAUAUUCAGAAGCAAAGCCUCCAUCAUUAGAAAUUACUCCAACAAACAAAGAUAGCGAAGAAGCCACAAAAACUGAAAUCAAGGAUUCUGAAGCAAAGCUGCAGUCAUUAGAAGUUGCACCAACGGACAAAGAUAGUGAAGAAGCUUUAAAAAUUGAAGUCAAGGAUGCUGAAGGAAAGCCUCAGUCAUCAGAAGAUUCUACAACAAACAAAGAUAGUGAAGAAGCUGCAGAAAGAAUAGUUAAUGAUUCUGAAGCAAGGCCUCCAUCAUUAGAAGUUACUCCAACUAGCAAGGUUAAUGAAGCAGCAAUUGAGAAUUCAGUCAAGGAAGUUGAAGAAACACUUCGGCCUUCAGAAGUUCACGCGACAAACAAAGCUAGUGAAGAUGAAGGUAUGGAGACUUCGGAACAUAUACCUACCAAAGUUGAAAGGUGAGGUGCGAAUUGUUGGCUAAUAGUUCUUUAACCAGCCAUAUACAUUUCAGAUACACAAGUGCAUGUGGUUGUUUCCCUAUAUCCUUUCUUUCUGUUGAAUUUUGGGGUUAUGUUCAAUACCCUUCUUACCUUUUUGUUAGCUUACAUGCAAUUUUUUACCGUACUUUUCAUUACAAUUUUGAGAGAUUAAACAGGAAACUCGCUUCUUCUCUGCUUUAUAAAGGAAAUUCACAGGGGAGAUCUAGCUUGAUGAUCCAUCUAAUACAAUUACCUAGACAAUUAUUUUUCUUUUCUUUUCAUUUUAAGUUUGUUUUCCUUCAAGAAAGAGAGGAAAAUGCAGAAGGAAAGGAUCAGAUGAACAAAAUUUGGAUGCUUUUGUUCAAAAUUUUGUCUUGUCUUUUUUGCAUGUACGGUUUUCACUUC